CAAGUUUGAUAUUCAAAGUAAAAACACAUCAAGUGGACUCAGAAAGUGCAAAAAAUAUUUCCGAAAUCUACGAGUAGCAAAGAAACACAUGCGUCUUUUGUUACUUCUGGCCUUAUUUGGCCUCGUCGUUGUUAUAACGGCCAUACCAACUUAUCCCGAGUACAGGGAACAUCGAAACAGUUUAUUAGAUGUCGCCGAUGCUGGAGACUUACAUUCCAAUGAUGAUAUACGUGUAGCUCGACAUGGUGGAUGGGGAGGUGGUGGAUGGGGUGGAGGUGGCUGGGGUGGACACGGUUGGGGUGGUCGCGGUUGGGGUGGUGGUGGCUGGGGUGGACACGGUUGGGGUGGUGGUGGAUGGGGUGGUCGUGGAUGGGGUGGUGGUGGUUGGGGUGGUCAUGGAUGGGGUGGCUGGGGCUAAAACCUUAUAAAUUUUUAUUUUGUACAAUGUUUUAUAUAUUAUAAUACUCGUAUUUGAAAAUAAAAUCAAUUUUUAUAAAUUUGUAAUCUGA